AUGGGCGUGCGCAAACCUCUGGUAAUGGCUGUAGCGGUUGGUUUGCAAACCAAAAUGUGGGGUCAGGAUGGUUGUACGACAGACAGUGUGAGGGGCAGCGCGUAA